AUGUCCGCAGCGGGAGUCUCUAAGAGGGGCAAGGGGCGUCCCCGAAAAGAAGUAAAUGCCAUCGACUCGGCCGUAAAGGUCCAAAGAGAAAAGAACAGACAGGCUCAAAGCCUAUUCAGAGCUCGCAGACGGGCCACUGAGGUUGAAAAUGAGCUACGAAUAUCUCAACUUGAAAAGACAGUUGAACGGAUGGGGGAUACUUUCCUCACUCUCGUGAACCAUGUUGUCCGGUCGAAUCAGAAGCGGAAGGAUCUUGAGUUGGCAGAGAGGCUCCAAGAGUCCAUAAACACCUUUCUCACUUUAGCCGCAAGCUCGUCGGAUCAAGGGGGGGACUCUAUCAACACUAGAAAUCACGGUGACAUCCGCCAACCAACUCUACAGGGGGUGCGGAAUCCCGGUAAUGAGGAGAGAGCCGGUCUAGCAGCAUUCGUGGAAGAUACGAGCUCAUCCCAGCAAGUCUCAGCUUCGUCAGCUUGGAACCCGCAGAAUUCUGGCAAGCUCUGGAAUCUACGUGAUCAGUUCGACCCACCCCCAUUCAUGUUUUCCGAGCGUAUUGGGCCUCCUGCCAACUUGCUGGGAAAUGGCUGGACAGGAGGCCUGCCUUUUCCGCAUAAGUCCACUCUUGGUCAGGCUGUUGGACAUCCUGUAACUCAGUCUAUGAGUACCCUCAUCAUCCAGGCCACUCUAUACUAUGUCUACUAUAUUUUGUUAGAGGCAAAUGACCCGUCGCGCUCAGAUGCAGCCAUGAGUAUAUUUCGCUAUGCACUUAAAUCACACUCGAGAGAUGAGUUGUUGUCCAACAUCCGAUGGUUCCUGGGCCCAGGCCAACGAGAGACCUAUCGACUGGGUAUAGCGGAGUUUCAGAUUCUAAAUACUCAAGGCCGUGAUAAGUUUCCAAUGUUGAAUCCUGCUGUGUACUCCCAUGCGUUAAGUGACAUUUGGGUACAAAAACAGCACAGCUCCAGCCUAGACCAAACACUGCUCAAUGCAAGCGGUGUCGAGUCUUAUCUGCUACAGCGCGGACUUCGGAGAAUAACUCAUGAUAUCUUGGAAAUCGACCUAGAGCAACAUGACAGCUAUCGCGAAGUGCAGCCGGAAACGAAAUCUACGAGAACUCCCAAUCUGAUCAAUGCAAAUGUGUUUUUCCCUACCGUGCCGGAAGGAGGAAGCAGAGUAGCGGCAAUUCCAACCCAACGAGCCCAUACUACACGAACUCAAUUCCUAAGAGCUAAGCCUGAGGGCAAGAGUGCUAUUGUUCUCAACGUUUCCAGCCGUGCUGCUCAUAUGCGCUUCCCACGGCAUGGAUGGUCGGGUUAUUCGGGAAGCAAACUGGGCCAAGCACGAAUUUUCGAGCACAUACGAUUUAAGCAUCCGGAGUGUUCAAUCCGAUGGCUUCAUCAGGUCUGGUGCCUCGCAGCCCCAGCUGGCAUGACGGCUGGCAAGCUUACGGGCCAGUUCUUUGAUUGGCUUGCUUCUGACGAGGCAGAGUUUUUGAGUGGAAGACAUAAAUAA